AUGUGCUCCUUCUGCGGAAAGGCAGAGAACGUGAAGCGUGUGGCCGGUGGCAUUUGGAAGUGCAAGGGCAAGACCUGCAACAAGAUCAUGGCUGGUGGCUGCUGGACCCUGAGCACGGGCCCAGCCGCCACGGUGCGCGCCACCAUCGCGCGCCUCAGGAAGCAGCAGCAAGGUGCGGGGGUGCCGGGACUUGGGAGAAGUUCUUGGCAGUUGAAGUCUCAGAUUAUAGUAAUAGCUAUAUAUAUAUAUGUAUGUGUACAUAUAUAUAUAUGA